AUGGGAUUGAGGACGAGGAGUGUCGGCUCUCAAGCAAGUAGAAGAGGGGGUGGGAGUGACCGAGAUAGGCCUAUAAAUGAGCGCCUCGGCAAGGAAGAGGCCGAGGUAACAGAUUCUGCUGAGCUCGUUAGAAGGAUAUAUAAGUUGGCAAGGACAGGUCAGACGAGCGUUGAGCUGUGGAGAGAGUGCACCGCGAGGACAGUGGAGUACAUGGACAAGCUGGACCUGAGAGGAGUCUGCUCAAUACUGCACUCGUACGGAUACAUGAAGUACAGAGACAGGAGUAUGCUGGAGUUGAUGGCAGGAAGGCUGAUCGAGAACGUGAGGAUGCUGAACUGCGCGCAGAUAGCAAGUGCGCUGAGAGCGUACUCGAUACUGAACUUCAGAAGCGACUUCCUAUUCAGACUCGCAAUGCCAGAGAUUUCGCUGAGGAUGGACAUGAUGACCGUGGGCCAAGUGGCCUCGAUAUUCUACUCUUACGCGAACCUGGGCUACUACAACAGGAACCUGUAUCGGAGCAUACAGUCGUACAUGUAUAAGAACCUUGAGCAGGUGGGCGCGUACGACCUCACGCUGCUGCUGAAUGGGCACUGCAGGAACCAGAGAGGGUUCGACGCUAGGUUCCUCACAGUGCUCUCGUUCCAGUUCUGCAAGAUGCUGGACACGUUCGACAAUAAGCUGUUCUCGCAGUCAGUGAACGCGCUGUCGAGGCUGGGCUUCUGCAACCACAAGUACCUGCCGGGACUGAUAGAGUCGGAGGUGUACAGCAGAGUUAAGGGCGCGAGGGAGGCGCUCCCGUCGAAGUCGAUAUCGCUGAUACUGAACGCACUAUCUAGGCAUUACGAGAGCUGCACGCCGCUGUUUACGUUCUUAUCGCAGAACGUGCUCAAGAGAAUAAAGGAGUAUGACCUGCACUCGCUGUGCUUGGCCUUGUCGGCAUUCAGUAGAGUUUCACUAUCGGAUGCGAAAACCUAUGAUAAAAUAGCGGAGUAUAUUGGGAGGAACUCAUUAAAGCUGUAUCCGAGGGCAAUAGCAUCAAUGCUGUAUUCGUACGCGAGAGCGAAGCACCUGCACGGGCCGCUCUUCUACUUUUCAGGAAAACACGUGGAAGUUAACCUGGAUAAGUACAGUUGCGAUGAGAUGGCGAUGAUACUGAGGUCGUUUGCACUGUUGAACGUGAAAAAUGAGGGCGUGAUGUCGGCAGUGUCAGAGUACAUAGUGAAAAACACACCAGACUAUGUGACAGUAAAGUUUGAAGAUCAGUGUGCAGAUGAAAGGGUACACCAGCCAUUGGAAAGUAAGGAUAGGAUGAGCGUAGGUACAGAAAAGGGAAAAGGUGAAAAAAACAAGAAAAGCCACGAAUGUGAAAAAAGUGAGGACAACGAGGAAAAUGAGGAGUGUGAAGGGUUCAAUAUAAACUUGUUGGAAGUAGUGGAGCCCACAAGUCACGAGUCGAGCAAUUACCUGGCAAACGGGAAGACGCACUCGCUGUUGUGGGUAGUUGAGGCCUACGCCAAGUUCCUGCACGUGAACGACCAGGUUACACGGGCGCUGACGAGGAUCGCAAACGAGCUGGUGGUGCGAAUGGGCGAGUUGACGCCGCCGCUGGUCUCCAGGUUCCUGCACUCGUUCACGCAACUAGGUUUCAGGCACACAGCCUGUCUGGAAAUGCUCCUGAAUGAGGUGGCAAACCCUAGAAUAGGAUUCAAGUUUGACCAGAAGGACCUCGCCCUAAUUCACAACUCAAUUAAGUCAUAUCGACUUAGUCCACGAACUUAUGGAGUGUAUAGGUUCAACAGACUCGACUUCCAGAAAGUAGUCGAAAAGCACAGAAGUGAGGAGGGAGGCACCCUAAGAAUAAUCAGGAGGAUAGUGACCGAGGACGUGCCGGCAUCGAAGCCACUAUACUUGGAGCUGCUGACAAAUCCACUGACUGAAAAGCCGCGUGUAACUGACGAAGAUGAUUUGCACGAAGAUGAUUUACACGACGAAGAAGGCAAUGUACAGGGCGAUGAUUUAGACGACGAUGAAGACGACACAGAUGUUAUCUACGUGCACAUUCCUGAGCACGUAAGAAGGCUUGUAGAGGUGGACGAUGCUGAUUGCGUGAACAGGAAGCUUUCAGAGGCAAUAGAUAAUCACAUAAACUACAACUUUAACUUGGACUAG